CGCAGUGUGCGCGUAGUCGCCUGGCGUGCGCGCGAACUGUCCUUAUCACUCGUCACAUUCAACACAUUACUUCAGUCCAUGAAGGAAAACACAGAGACAAUCUAGAUGGCGGGAACAAAGUUUUACGGUUCAACAUCAACAUUUCUGCUGAGCGUUGCGGCUUUCAUUUCGUUAAGUGUGUACAUAAACGCUGAAGAUGGCAGACAGUGCUACUGGUGCGGCCCGCUCGCUGAGCAAGUGCACCGCAGCCGCCGCGCGCCGCCGUGCGAUGCGCCCAAAGCACACGUCACGACCUGCGACCCGGGCCUCACGCACUGCGCAAUUGUCGCGACAGCUCCACCGUACGUAGAAUCAAGAUACUGCGUGAAAAUUUAUCAAGACGAAUGUUAUUUAGAUUUUUGCAAUACAACAAAAACGUGGAAAAUGACAUGCCCUUGCAAAGGAGACCUUUGCAAUGGACAAAACACCGAUCGUGAAGAUAAGGCAUUCGCAGAACUUAUGGAAAAAACUCAAAAACAAAUUAAAAAACGAACCAAAAAGAGCAUCAAUGAACCUAUUGUGACAACCAUUGAAGUUGAAGAAAAUAUUCCCAGUACUAAUCCUAGUUUAAUUGCUAUAGAAUUCAAACAAAACGAAACGAAUAAAAAAUAUAUGAAUGAGAAGAAUUUUGUAACCCAUAUAAAAAUAGUCAACGAUUCAGAAGAAAGUGAAUCACUGGUUGAAGGCGAAUCAGAAGAUCCAGUUAUAGAUAAAAAUCCAGAAAUUAAUGACGAUGAUGAUAAACAUGAAGCUGAGAAAACUACACUUCAAACAAAUGAAAUGACUGAGAGUAUAGAUGAGAAUAAUAAUAUAGAAACAACGCCAGUAUCAUUGGAAUCUACGAUAAAAAUAACAGAACUAAAUAAGGUUGAAAACCCAUUGCCGGGCAAUUUAAUAAAGCCUAGUGAAGAAUUACCUACUGCAGAAGCACUGCAAGAAAGUGUCAAACCAAAUGCUGUAAACGGUAAGGAAAAUAUCCAGACAACUUUAUCUGAAGAGUCGACCGUAAUUACUACGGAAGGGAUAGAAAUGACAACUGAAAAACCAAACCAUAAAAAUGGUUCUGAAAAGUUCAAAUUAAACCUAUAUUUACUUAUUAUUGCAGUGUUUAACUUUUAUUUCGAGACCGUAUUUUAAAUAACAAAUAAAAAUUACACAUAUCCUUUCACGAGCUAGUAUUCUUUGUAGUCAAUUAUGAUCUCACCUUUUUUCCAUUAAAGCAUUGUGUUGUGAUAUUAGUGUAGGUAAAAAUAAGUGAAAAGCAAUUUAUUAAAAAUUGGGAAAUACAUUUAGUAUUUGUGCAAUAAAAUAUGAUUUGUA